UUCCAUAGCAGCCGCGAUCAACAGCGCGGCCUGCGGUGGAGGCCGCUCUGCCGGCCGGGCCCGUCGCCCGCCGCCCCGGCUGGCCGCCAUGAGCGAGCCGGAGGUGGAGGCGAUCGUCGCCCAGAAGUACGAGAUCAAGAGGCGGCUGGGCAAGGGGGCUUAUGGCAUUGUAUGGAAAGCAAUCGAUCGCAGGACAGGAGAAAUAGUGGCUGUUAAAAAGAUUUUUGAUGCUUUCAGGAACAGAACAGAUGCUCAGAGAACAUUUCGAGAGAUUAUGUUCCUGCAGGAAUUUGGAGAACAUCCAAAUAUCAUCAAGCUGCUUGAUGUUAUCCGAGCUCAGAAUGACAAGGACAUCUACCUCAUCUUUGAGUCCAUGGAGACAGAUUUACAUGCUGUGAUUAAGAAGGGGAAUUUGCUGAAAGAUAUCCACAAGUGUUACAUUCUCUACCAACUCCUGAAGGCAACUAAAUUCAUCCACUCAGGAAAUGUUAUUCACAGAGAUCAGAAGCCUUCAAAUAUCUUGCUGGAUGCAGACUGCUUUGUUAAACUUUGUGAUUUUGGCCUGGCCCGUUCUCUGUGUCAGAUGAAUGAGGACCAAGGUAACCCUCCUCUAACAGAAUACGUGGCAACACGCUGGUACCGAGCCCCUGAGAUCUUACUUUCCUCUCAGAGCUACACUAAAGGUGUAGACAUGUGGAGCAUUGGCUGUAUUCUGGGAGAGCUGCUACUUGGGAAACCUCUUUUUCCUGGAACAUCAACAAUGAAUCAAAUAGAGCAGAUCUUGAGGGUCAUUCCUGCCCCAUCCUCAGAAGAUAUUUUGGCGAUGCAAUCAGAUUACAAGGCCUCAGUGAUUAACCGCAUGAGUUCCCGGCAGCGAAUGACAUUUGAGCAGAUUUUUCCACCCUCUACUCCAUUGCCUGCCUUGGAUCUUCUGAAGAAACUUUUAGUAUUCAACCCUGAUAAACGACUCACGGCAGAGGAGGCUCUGCAGCAUCCUUAUGUGAAAAGGUUUCACUGUCCUGCCAGGGAGCCCUCUCUGGAUUAUGAUGUGAUUCUUCCUUUAGGUGAUGAUAUCCAGCUCUCUGUGGCAGAAUAUCGAAAUAAGCUAUAUGAGAUGAUCCUUGAAAAGAAAUUAAAUAGCAAUUUAAAGGAGCAAGUGCAGAGGGAAAACAUUCAGCUCAAUCAGUCUGAAUCCAGGCCGCUUCUUCCAAAUUCCAGUUCUUUGACUACGCCGACCAGGAAAGGCCAGAGAGAACCAACAGCACCUCUUCUAAAAACUUCACAUGUGCACGUAGGAACUACAGCUGGUGUCCAGCCAGAAGUGUCCACCCAGAGUGAAGAUUUAUGUCAGAGAUCAAAGAUCCAUGUGAUAUACAAUCCCAUAACACACACUGGUGUCCAAAGUAAUGCAAAUUCUGGUGCUGUGCUCAGGAACUGUUCUGCGCCACCUUUUCAACAGGCCAGAAUCUCCAACAACAGGAAACUGGGGAGACAAAUCACAUGGGCAAAUGCAAACACUCGGCCACCUCCUACGAGUGUACAGAACCUUUACAAUAAUCCAAGAAAUACUCAGUUUCCCAGCAAAGAUGUUCAUCCCUUUCUGAAGCCCAGUAAAAAGAUGUUCCAGGUUACUGCAAAUAUGGGAACGGCUGGUGAUCCAAAAGCAUCAAUGGGCAGUUACUCCCAGGCCUAUGGAACCAUAUGCAAAUCUGCGCUGCAGAGUCUUCCAAUAUCAAAGUCCUCCCAACAGCAGCAGCAGUGAAUAUGGGAGUGCUCUAAUCAGAAAGCAAUUUUCCAAGAGAAACAUCAUGAAGAUGUUAUCAGGCAACAGUGGGACUAUAGAAAACUUUAAAACUAUAUUCCUGUUUUAAUGCUGAUUUUUGAUACAUUCUCCUCAUUAACUUGAAGUUCUUAUUCUCGGUCCCUAAAAUUUUACUUCACCUGUGAUAAAAGAUUGUUAUUCCAGAACAUUGGGACUACAGUUACAGAGGGGAUUCACACACUAAAUUCCUACAUAUGAGUACUGCUGCCAUUGAUAGGAUGUCCCUUUUCUCUUUUAGUAUCUAAACACCAGAGUCCAGUCAAGUAAAAAAAAAUAGUAUGUUCACUUGUGGUACCAGGUGUCAUCACUUCAGUCUGUAAUACCAGGGAGCUGGGAAUGCAUCUGACAGGGAAGCCCUGGUUUAUUCUGGGUUAUCCAUAAAAUAGGCAUUUUCUGUCUGUCUCAGGGACAGGUAGGUAUCGGAAAUGGCAGCGACAGGGUCAAUAUAUGAUGUCGGCAACGCUCUGAGCCCCACGUUGGCUCUUGUGAGUCCGAGACACCAGUUCUCAUGCUUGGAAAAGGCCACCUCUGCUAAAUUGAGGGUUGUGGCGUCCACCAACAGUCUCGCACCUUGCAAUUUGACAAUACAACGCAGCAUCCAAGAUCUGCAAACCGAGUCUCAGACUGAGACGUGAUGGGCUGUAACACUAACUUUUUAUUCUUAAAAUGGCUUUUGCUGUUACCAGGCGAAUUAGUUAGCAAUAUCUGUAUACACCUACAACAUCACUAGAAGAGAUGAGUCAUUCUAAUUAUGGUCAGGAACAUCCUUUUACACUGAGCCCACUAGGCCGAGCAAGAGAAAAUUAUAAAAAUCUAAACAAAUACAGCAAAAAUCUAAAAUGUUAAUGUAAUCUGUGACUAUAGAAAUAAUUAGAUUUCUAACCUGUCUGUUACAGACCAAUGCUGGAGCAGGCAGGUUUGGGAAGGGUGGGGGAAGUAUAGAAUGAUGUGAGUAAGAAUUAAACAAAACAGGGCUGGCAUAUAUACAAUGGGAUAUAUGUCUAUACAGCCCAUCUUACUCUAGAGUAAAAUAAUCUCUAGAUCAUCUAGUGGGGGACAACCGUAUUGAUCAUUACAGUUCAUUUUGGGACCCACCAAUAACUGAAUCUGUUUCAUUACUAAGAGCAGACAAAAUGUACAUCAUUCAUUUAUGAAUUUGUACAUAUGUAUCUGAAAUGGAGAACAUUUAUUACAAUAUGGAAUAAGCAUAAGAAAUCUGUUUCAGCUUUUUUUUCCAAAUUUGGCUGCUUCUUCCCUCCUUUUUUUUUUUUUCUUCUUUUUUCCUCUCAACUUUAUUUCUAGAUUUACCUUCUUAUUUCUUGAUUCUUGCAGAUUUUUAAAACCAUCUGUAUUAUUAUGGAAAUUAGCUUAAUUUUUUUUCAGAUCAGACAAUGUAUCUUUCUGCACAUUCAUUUCCCGAGGUUUUCAGUGAACAGUAAAAUAACCAUUAAUUGUUACAGAUACGUAAAUUACAUAAAGCCUGCUAAGUUCUAUAAAGCCUGCUUCCAUGGGAGCUGGCAUCCUAAAAAAAAAAAAAAAGCAGAAGUUCUAAAGACCCUGCUAAAGUUACCUUCAGGCGCUGACACAAGCUUCUUGCCUCCAUCUGUCCACCAGUACCUGGACUGCGUUGCUGAGCUUGCAGCUGGUGUCACGAGGGGGUAACCAUGAAACCCAGGCUAAUGGGAAUGAGAAAUUGAGAAGCCUGGUUCCACGUGAGAGCAUCCUUCCCCGGCAUGUUAUUAGACUACAGCAUAAAGAUCAGGAAAAGAACAAAAAUCCCCAUUUGGCAGUCCUCCUGGAUGCCAAGCAGAGAGAUUCCAGACAGCAGUAACUAAAUAUUAUGUACAGCGUCCUCUUGAUAGCCUCUGCCUCCUGUUCUGCCAGACGCUGGAACACAACAGCCUGGACCCACCAGCUGAUCUGUGCUGUUGUGUAGCUGCACGGCUGAGCUUGAUACCAACCCACUAUGGGGAAGUUACAUGAGAUAAAACACUUCUGAGCCUGACAUUUCCAGCAGCCAUGUACCUUCCCCUGGGAGUCCCUUCUUCACAGGGAAAGAUGUGCCAGCAAAAGAAGGCCCUCUCCUCCCUGCAAUCACUUAAUGAACUGGUGUUUCACUGUCAAGGAGGUUACUACUUGGCCAACUCAGAAUUUUGGAUGCUUAAUCAAGCUCCCAACAAAAGGAGUCCUAAAAAACAGGUCUUUCUCCAUUAAUAGCAGGUCCAUUUCCUUUUCUGUGGCCUUUCAGCUGCAUUUUUCAGCUCACUCCCUAAAGCAAUACUUGCAUUAUAGAAAAGGAAGCAAACCAGUAAGUAACAAAACAGAAGCAAUAGGCUUAGAAAAUGGUAAAGAUGAAACCUGAGAGGGUAAUGAUAGACAAGGCCAUUACCAUAGAUAAGGGCAAAAAGUUGUUCACAAUGUUUUUUCCUCCUGUAAACCUUCAAAAAGGUGCCUCCUGUACUGGAUUCGUUAUUAGAUACAAAGAAAAGAUAUCUGUACCUGAGAAACAUUUAUUUUUUAAACACUGUUUCCAGUUAAUGUGCAUACAUGUGUGUCUGAGUGUGUUUUUCUUUCCUGAAUUCAGUAAUGAAUUUUGUAUUUUUAAUGUUUUCCUUCUGAAAGUGGAAUUGUUUUGUCAGCUGAAAACAUGCCCUAAGCGUAA